CUUUCUUUUCUCCCCAGACUGACUGACUGAGAAAGAAGAAAGAACGACCACAUUCAUCGGAAAACGGGGUCGUAUUGAAGUGAAUGGCGAGCGGAUGGGUCAAGUCGUUGCAGUGCAAGUCUAGGGCAUUCGAUGACGUGUAUCACCCCAGCCCCAAAACAACGCUGAUGAACAGCGUCAGCUGCAGAAAGAGCUUUCAGAACAUCAAAGACGUCGUCGUCGACACAGCAGCCGCCAAGCACCACCACGAUAAGCCCACAAAAUCCAAGCCGCCUCCGUCGAAAAGACACGGGAAGCCAGAACCCGCUUUUCCGAGCCCAGCACCUCGUACCCGGCCGCCCCGAACCCACGACCCGUUUCUGACUGAGCUCCCCGAGGGCCACCCGUCGCGCAAUGUCGUAGAGAUUAUCUUCCACACCAGCUGGAGCCCCAAGGCGUUUUCGGGUCGGAUCGAGAUGAUAUUCAAGGUCCAGAACGGCUCCAAGACGGUGGCGCGGUUCGAGGAGUAUAGGGAAGUCGUCAAGUCUCGUUCCCGGGCCGGGUCGGACGCUGGAUCCCGGAAAGUGGGAUCCGAGUUCGAGGAGGAGAAUGCGCGGUGCGUCGCCGACGGAAACGAGGUCAUGCGUUUCCACUGCCUGGGGACACCAUCUGGCACUGGGGUUCACGACGCGUUCGGUGGCGCGUGGGGCUUCCACAGAGGCAAAGGCUCCGCCAUUUGCACGUUUUCCGGUAGCGGUGUGGCCCACGAGAAUGCGGGCGGGGCGAGGGGCAGGAGAGCCAUGCUGGUUUGCCGGGUCGUUGCGGGUCGGGUCUCGAAGCAGCUGGAGCUCCAAUCGUUGCUGGAUGGCCGGCUUGGGUUUGACUCAGUGAGUGGAGACAACGGGGAGUUGCUAGUGUUUGAUCCACGCGCCGUCUUGCCGUGCUUUCUUAUCAUCUAUAAAUUGUAA